AUGUCGAAACUCAGACACGCCUUUAGCUUGUCGAAGCAAGAGGUUAGCGAUGCGAUGCCGCCGGGGACAUCGCAUUUGAUUGACACCAACCUCGUUCGCACCGAGAGCGAGGACCACACGGUUCAGGAGAAGCACAUCCAUCUUGUGCCCGAGCCGUCUGCCGACCCGGCAGACCCACUCAAUUGGCCGCUCUGGCGGAAACAGGUCGUAUUGGUCCUGAUGGGCCUGUACGCCAUCGUCACCAACGUGCAGAGCGCCGUCCUCGCCAGUGCACUGCCCAGCCUAGUGACGGCUUUCGCGACAUUCCAUCCAGACGGGCCGCCUACCGGCCUCGUACCCUUCUCGCACCUGGCCCACCUCAUUGCCGUUAACAGCCUUAUGCUUGGCGCGUCUGCCGUGUGGUGGGUGCCGUUAUCACACACGUUUGGACGCCGACCUAUCAUCCUCGUCAACCUUCUGAUCCUCUGUGGCGGCUCGGUGUGGUGUGGCAAGGCUACGUCUUUUAAUAGUCUUCUUGCUGGGCGACUCAUUCAAGGAUGCGGUGGCGGUGCUGCAGACGCUGUCAACGCUGUCGUCAUUGGUGAGGUAUUCUUCGUGCACCAGAGGGGUCGAGCAAUGGCCGUUUACACCGUCUGCCUUGUUGUCGGUGCGCCCUUGGGUGGUCUCGUCGGCGGAUACAUCACCGGAAGCCUUGGCUGGCGCUGGACCAUGUACAUUCCCGCCAUCAUCUCCGGCAUCUUGUUCCUGAUGUGCUUCUUCUUCCUCCCGGAGACCCUCUUUGAGCGCCAUACUUCGCCAAAUGGCGCGCCGGACUCGGAGGAGAGCGCACUGGAGAAAACGGCAGCGUUUGGAGAGGCAGCCCACGCUGAACUUGCGCCACCACCAGGUGGCUACGCUCCCUUCACUUUCGCCAGAUCACUCAAGGUCGGCAUCUAUCGUCCGGGACUCCUCAAGCGCCUCUGGAUGCCCUACCUGACGCUGCGGCUCCCCGGAACGUGGAUGGUCAUCCUGCACUACGGUGGCUUGGUCGGCUUGAUCGUCACCGCCAGCGUCGUAGGCCCUCAGCUGCUCACCGCCCCGCCGUACCUCUGGGGCUCUAGCAACGGCCUCUUCAACAUCGGCGGCUUGAUCGGCGGCCUCUUGGGCCUCGUUUAUGCGUACCUCUCCACCGACUGGUGGUCUAAGCGCAAUGCCAAAAGAGAGGUCCACGGCUAUGCGGAGCCCGAGACAAGGCUGCCCCUUAUGCUGCCGUCGCUUGUCAUCGCCACCAUGGGACCUCUCGUGUUUGGCCUGUGCGCCGCGAAUCCUUCGCCGCAUGGCUGGGUCGGCCUCUGUUUUGGACUGGGUCUCAUUUGUUUCUCGCUCAUGCAGGUGGGAUCGGUCGGCUUCAACUACAUCCUGGAUGCCUAUGGAGGCCUCUCCGGUGACUGCUUCUUGUGUGUAACACUUUUCCGCGCUAUUUUGGGCUUCGUCUGGUCGUUUGUUGUCGGCACUUGGAUUGACCGUGAUGGUGUCGCGCUGGUGUUUGGUAUGUUCACACUGUUGAUGGGGGUAUUCUCCCUAUCCGUGCUGCCGGUCUGGAUCUUCGGGAAGAGGCUGCGCAUUGCAACUGCGGAGUGGGUGAGGCCGAACUUUGCUAAGCCUGAGUGA